GAUGUGCAGCCCGGGGCGGGCGCCGCCUGGGCCGGCCCCGGCGGGGGACCUGCCGCCCGAGUGGGAGACGGACGACGAGCGCAUGGCUUUCCUCUUCUCGGCCUUCAAGCAGAGCCGCGAGGUGAACAGCACCGAGUGGGACAGCAAGAUGGCCUUCUGGGUCGGGCUGGUGCUGGCCCGCGGCCGCCGCCGGGGCGCCGUGCGUACCUGCCUGCGGGACCUGCAGCACGGCUUCGAGCGGCGCGGCAGCCUCCCGCUCGGCCUCGGCACCGUCCUCCGGGAGCUCCUCAGACGUGGCAAGCUGCAGAGGGAGUCAGACUUCAUGGCCAGUGUAGACAGCAGCUGGAUCUCCUGGGGUGUGGGAGUCUUCAUUCUGAAGCCCCUGAAGUGGACUCUCUCCAGUGUGCUGGGUGACAGUAAAAUACCUGAGGAAGAGGAAGUUCUGAUUUAUGUGGAGCUGCUUCAGGAGAAGGCAGAGGAAGUUUAUCGCCUAUAUCAGAACUCUGCGCUUUCUUCUCACCCUGUUGUUGCCCUCUCAGAGCUGCGUUCCCUCUGUGCCAGUGUUUGUCCAGAUGAAAGGACGUUCUACUUGUUGCUUCUCCAGCUGCAAAAGGAAAAGAGGGUGACGAUCCUGGAACAGAAUGGAGAGAAGAUAGUGAAGUUUGCCCGAGGUCUUCACGCCAAAGUCUCGCCGAUGAAUGAUGUGGACAUUGGAGUGUAUCAGUUGAUGCAAAGCGAACAGCUGCUGUCACAGAAGGUGGAGUCCCUUUCCCAGGAAGCAGAGAAGUGUAAAGAGGAUGCCCGGAGUGCUUGUAGAGCUGGGAAAAAGCAAUUGGCGCUGAGAUGUUUGAAAUCCAAACGAAGGACAGAAAGGCGCAUUGAAGAGCUUCAUUCCAAGCUGGAUGCAGUGCAGGGGAUCUUGGAUCGUAUAUACGCCUCCCAGACUGACCAGAUGGUAUUUAAUGCCUAUCAGGCUGGUGUGGGAGCUCUGAAACUGUCUAUGAAGGAUGUUACUGUGGAGAAGGCAGAGAACCUGGUGGAUCAGAUACAAGAGCUUUGUGAUACUCAAGAUGAAGUAGCCCAGACUCUGGCUGGAGUGGGGAUCAAUGGUCUAGCAGAGAUGGACACAGAGGAACUUGAGAAGGAGCUGGACAGUCUCCUCCAGGACUCGACUAAGGAGCCUGCGGAACUGCCUCCUGUUCCCCAGAAGGUGCUGAAUCCCCCCAUUUCUGAUGCUGAGCUUGAAGCUGAAUUGGAAAAGCUCUCUGUUUCUGAUGGAGAUUUGGCACAAAAGACUCCCUCUGCUUCCUCUGAACCCAAAACAGCUCUGGGACUGAAUCUCUAAAGACCCAACAGUAUCCUGUUGCUGCAGUUUGAGAAGUUGUCUUAAGGUUCCUUAACUAAUGACUAGAACUUCUGGGGAGAGGGGUAUCGCUCCCCUGUUCUUCAUGGAUAUCACUUUGCUCAGCAACAGGAUCUCCUGCCAUGACAAUCCACUCUGGAACUGGCCCCAGCUGGUGUUUGUCAUCUCUGUGCCAACAUCUGCACUGGUCUCAAUUUGACUUGUGAUCCCAAGUCACUCUGCGACAUCCAGUCUUCCCUUCUGGGAAUGCAAUUCACUAUUCUGCCCAGUGAAGAUAAACUCUUCUAUGUCCAUAACAGUGCUCGGGGUUUUUUUGUUGUUUUUUUUUUUUUUUCCUUUGCUGUGGCUGAUGUUGAGAAUCUGAGUUGCAGCGGUAUUGCAGUUGCUCAACAUUUGGCUGUUUGUGUGGUUGUUUAAAACACUUGGCACAUAAGUACUGUCCUUGACAUAAGUUACCUGCAACGAGCUUAAACACCUGUUGAUAGUUCUAUCCCUCCCUGUCUGUAUUUUGCACGGUCGUGGACAACUAGACACUGUAACUGUUAAAUUGUAGGAGAUUUUGUUGCUGCUCUAGGGGGCAGCAAUUGCAAGCACAAGACAAAAAUAAUUCCUCUUUCUGUAAUGACACUAAGGCCUUAAAAGGGAGACCUGCAAAAGAUUUUAAAUUAAGGAGUUUCUUACGCUGCCUGUUGUGAUGAAGGCUUGCGGUCACUAUAAUACAAUUUUCUGCUUGCUCUUACUUGAAAUUUGAGCUGCUUGCUAUUUUUCUAUCUUCCCUGUUUGCAAACAAGCUUCUUGGGGGCUGCAGGGUGAUCUGCUUUGAGCUCUCGUACUGAGUGAUUUGGGGUGGGAGAAGGGAUGCGUCAUUUGCCCUUUGAGAGGACAGUUUCGUAUAACAGCCUUGACUUUGCCUUCAGUCUUGAUGUUGGACUUCCACAAGAUUAUGGGUUACCAGAAAGCCCCAAAACAAAACCCUGUAAAAGCUUCUAAUGCAAAAAAACCCAAGCACAGCAACUGAAGAUGUUUUUUAGAGGCUGUCUUUACCCAUCAGAAGCGAAAUCGUCAUCUUUUGCAGGUCACUUUUUUAUUAUGCGUAUGCACAUGGAAGAGCAGAAAGCCUGAUACCUAACGUGAAUAAAUGAAUUCUUUCAGGAGGGGAAUGUGCUGUUAACUGGGCUUUCUGCACGCAGAGCCUGUGUGUGGCAAGGGAGUGACUAGCUACGUGUUGAUGUAUAACCAGUCCUCCUCUCUUUGCACCUCUCCCUGACUCGGAAUGUAUUCCUGUCACCGUGUUUCUACACUGCCUCCUGCACCGAGCUCCAUUGCUCGAGCCAUGUGGAUGGCAGCUUGGGUGAAGCAGACCAGGGCUGGAGUUCCCAUGUCCUGUUAACUAUUGGCGACCCAGUUUUAGCCCCAGAGGACCGGGGACGAAAUUACAGGUGUCACUAGGGUGCUGCGUUGGCUCUGGCUUCAUCGUCACUUUGUUCAAGAGUGCAGACUCCUGCCAGAGAAGGUGUGCUGUAGCCAGCUAGCAGUUUACCCAGGCUGCACAUGGAAUUAUGUGAAAUGACUUGAAGCUCUGUAUUCCUUUCCUUUGUAAGUAAACGGGAGAAAAACCACUGUGUUUUCUGCCUACGUGUAAUAAAGGGGAGGAACCAGAGUCCCUUGUGGUGCCUCCUUUUCUCUGUGCCACAGAUCACUGCCAUAUUAGUGCUGUUCCAGCUGUGCUUCUGCGUCUAUAAAACUUGUCUGCUGAAAGUAAAUGGGCAGUUUCCUGGGCUGCUUUGUCAAAAAACAAAUUGAGUAACUGCUGUACCAGACUUUGAGUUCCCUGAGCCUUUUCUCUGUGUUUAAAAAAGGCCAACAGUUACUAUGUU